CCGCGUGUCAAUCAUCCCUCUCCUCGUCCCCCCACCCCCCAAAGUCAAGCUCCCCUCUCAAUCCCAAGUACAUCUCUCAAUCGCCAUAUUGGGUCCUGAGACGGUUCGCCUGCAGUUUCUCUCACCGCGGGGCGAAAUUGACAGAGCGGCUCCCUCCGGUCCCGGUGCACUUCGGCUUCACGCUCCGCGGAGACGACGCUCGGCCUCGUCCCACCGCGGCCGUUACCGUGCGCAGCUCGACGCGUGCAUGGCACCGAGUCGUUUCACGCCUGUUGUGGAUCUCGCCCAGCGACGAGGAGAUACCCGUUGUUUUUGAGCGGUGCCCCCCUUUCUUCUUCUUCUUCUUCUUCUUCUUCUUCUUCUCGUGGAAACUGGACCCGGCCGCUUGAGAAAUUGCGUUUUUACCUUUUUUUUGUUUUUGUUUUGUUUUGAUCUGUUUUUUUUUCCCGCGACGGUGGGGGGGCGAAAGAAAAUGUCAGAUGUGCGACUUUCGAACGGGAGCCCGACGCUGGAGCGGACGGACCCCCGGGUGUCGGAGCACCCGAAGCCGUCCGCCUGCAGGAGCCUCUUCGGCUCGGUGGACCACGAAGAGUUAAAGAGGGAUUUAAAGGGACACCUGCGGGAGAUGGAGGAGACUGCCUCCGCCAAGUGGGGCUUCGACUUCGCCAGUCACACGCCGCUGGUCAACGACCGGCUCGAGUGGGAAUUAGUGGACUGCGCGGGCGUCCCGGACUUCUACCGCCGGCCGCUGCGCAGGGAGAAGGGCGUCUGCUCCGCCGGGAAUAACAAUGUGGAUUUAAACGGGAAUCACAGCUGCGUCGUGGCGGCGACGGCGGCGGCGGCGACGGGCGGCGACGGCGGCAGGUCCGACGGGCAGAUGGAGCACACGGAGCAGAGCACCGGGCUGAGGAAGAGACCUGCGUGUCACGACACCUCGGCGCAGAGCAAGAGGUCGCACACCAGCUCGGAGGAGGUGAGCUGUCCGAGUCGGAGCCACGCUGCAGAGCACACACCCAGAAAGAGCAGCCCCGAGAGACUGACGUGAGCACGGGAGGCGAGCCGACGAUGUUUGUUCCCUUUUGUGUGGGGGAAAAUUCAGUGUUGGCCGAUUCGUGGAAGAGGAACUACACAGCAUCAGAAACAUAUCAACUCUCCUGGCGACGGGGAGGACGCUGUUGAAGCACUGAAUAGAAACACUAAAGUUGUGGCACUCAAUUAAAAGUUACUGCCUCUAAAAGCAGUCAAUGUAGCAGUGUGCAAUUAGGUUUGAUUUCCCUUUUUGCUCCUUUUUUUUUUUUACUACCUGUGUGUAAAUAAAUAUAUAUAUUAUAUUAUAUUUCUCUCCAUAUGUAGCACAUAAGAUAACAUUAUGAUUUGAAAAGAAAUCCUUUGUGUAAAAAGGUGUGAAUUUUGAUUUGACUUGAAGAAUUGCAGUGUAGUUUGAUACAUGUUUCCAAAAUGCUGUUGUUUUUUUUCUUUUAUCUUCUGAAAGGCAGUGUGACUCUGACACGGUCCCUAAUUGCUACAUUUAAAACAAAAUCAUGGCUUCUUAAAGUUUCUGAACAGUGUGUCUUCGCUCCGUCAUCCUUCUGACUCGGCAGUGAAAAAUGGUACAAAUGAAGCUCAUUUUUUCCCCCCUUCCCCUGGUCAUUUCAGUGUCACCGAGUGCAGGUUCCUCCACAAGAACAAUUUCCCCAGGAAAUCAACACAGGGAAGAAGAAAAAAAAAGCAGUAAUAUUUCUGUUAGAGUAAUUUAAAGAAAGUCCUAUUUAUUUUGUGAUAGGUGCUUUUAGCAUCAGUUGAAAUCUGGAAUAUAAAUAUAUAUAUUUUUCCUUUUUUUUUCGUAAAUACUAGUGCACACCUCGGCCACAUUGUUACGGUGUGUUUAAUUUUCUCUGGAGUUGUGAGGUACUCAGAUGUUGAAGGACAAAGACCGUACAAACUGCACAGGUUCCUUGACUGUAUUCCUAUUGUUUCAUCAACCUUCAGAGAGGAGGUUUUUCGUUUUUUUCUAGUAAGGGUUGAAUGUCCUACAAUACCAAAUACAUGGUUGCUUUCAGUAUGGUUGCCAACACUGCCUUUUGCUUCUUAUAGUUGACUUCACAUUGUGUUUCUUUGUGAUAACCUAGGCUUAUUAUUCCUCGAUGUUUGUACUUCUUUCUUUUCUUUUUUUUUCCACCAAUGUUGUUAGCCUGCUGACGAUGCAAAUGUGAGCAUCUAAAAGCUUCCCUCUAUUCGCCUGAAGUGUGGGUCAGAUUCAAAGAGACCAGUGUACACCUGGAAUUGGAGAGAAAACCGCUCGUCUCAGAAAAAUGCAGUCACCAUGCCUGUGUAUUUGUGUAAAUCUUUGCAAUGUACCUUUUGUACAUAAUUUUGUAAAAACACUGAGAAAUUAUACUAACUUAUUUAUGUCAAGUUUUUUUUAUGUAGAAUAAAAAUAAGUGGGUUUUUGAUUACGGUUAUCCAAAGUGGCAUUUACUUUAUUAUAAUUGUCUUAUUUUGUAAAAGCAUAUUUUUGGUAGUUUUUUUGUUUUGUUUUGUUUUCUUAUCGAUAAGGUUGCAAACUGAGCCUGAUAAAAUAUUUGAUGUGCAUUUUGUAAUGUGUGGUUAUAAAAUGUGUUGCAAUCAAUUAAAAGAGAAAAUUAAA